AUGGACAAGGGCAGGGGAGGUCCCCGCGCGUCGGGCAGGAGCAGCAGGGGAACGGGUGGGAGCCUUUUCGAUGCACGUGAGACCGUCUACCUGGCAGACAGCGUGCGUGGAAGCCUUCAAGAUGAGGGAGUCAACAAGAUGCCGAGCAACUACGUGCUGGCUCAAGCUGAUCGCAACACGGCUGCAAGCUCGAAUGGGGCCGGAAGAGACACGAUCUACACAACCGCCGACGGUCAACGCUCCACCAUUGGAGACAGGAAGGAGAGAUACACAGAGGGAGAUGGGAGGACAGGACAUCAGACUGGAGGAGGGAGGAGCACGCUGUACUUCAGGCAGGGGGAUAUGUAUACAGGAGUGUAUGAGGAUGCGGACGCAGCUCCUGACGUGAAGGAGAAGUUCGCAGGAGUUGGGGAGGACUGGCGAGCGCAGCAGGCGAGAUGGGCCUCACGUGAAAACGGCAACGGGGAGGAGGAAGGGGGAGAGGGAGGGGGGGCUGGGAGACGGGCUGCGGCGGCAUCUGGUCAGCGCGUGGAUGCGCAUGUGAACGGGGGGGUGGGGACGAGGGGGAGCAGGGAUACUGACUCGAGGGACUCGACGAGAUCCGUGGUGAGCAGUGGAGUGAAGGAUCUUUACGAGAGCCAGCAAAAGCAGCAGGAAGACAAACUUUCUGGAAGGCGGUUCUUGGAUCCUGCCAAGGGGUUGGCGCAGAUCGAGUCUCUGGAGGAGAAGAAGGAGCCUGUAGUGCAGCCGGGGAGGAGCGAGUACAAGGGGAGCAGAAUCGAGUGGGAGAAAUUCCCGGAGGUCUCGUCCAAUUGGUACGGCUUUAACGACGCGAUUGUGUAA